AUGGGCGACCAGAUCUACAUCCAGGGCCACGCGGCGCCGGGCCCAUACGCGCGCGCAUACCUGGAGGGGAGGCUAAGUCUGGAGCAGAUCAUGCACUUCCGGCAGGAGGUGGGCGGCACUGGCCUGUCCAGCUAUCCACACCCCCGGCUGAUGCCGGACUUUUGGGAGAACCCCACCGUCUCCAUGGGCCUCGGACCCUUGUCAUCAGUGUGUCAGGCGCGCUUCUUCCGCUACCUGCACUUACGUGGGCUUGCGGACACCUCUUCUAGCCGAGUUUGGUGCUUCAUCGGCGACGGUGAAAUGGAUGAGCCAGAGACCAUCUAUGCCAUCGCCAGAGCUGGCUACGAGAGGCUCAACAACCUUGUGAUGGUUGUGAACUGCAACUACCAGCGCCUAGAUGGCCCGGUGCGAGGCAACUCCAAGGUGAUCCAGGAGUUCGAGGGCAUCUUCAGGGGUGCCGGGUUUGACUGCAUCAAACUCAUUUGGGGGGAUGCCUGGAACGAUCUGGUGGACAACGACCACGAUGGCAAACUCAUCGAGGUUCUGGAACGCACACCAGAUGGCGACUGCCAGCGAUAUGCAGCGAAGCAGGAUGGUAGCCUCGUCCGGCGGGAGAUCUUCGAGGCCAACGGACUGGGGGACCGUGUGGCUCACCUGUCAGACGACGAGCUGCUCAGCGCCUUCAUGCUUCCAGGAGGCCACGACCACAAGAAGAUCUACGCCGCCAUGUCGCAGGCGGCUAAGAACGCGGAGGCGGGUGGGCGGCCCACCGUGAUCUUGGCGGGGGCGCCAAGGAAACUUGCUUUGGGCGGCUGGAAGCCAUGA